AUGAACCUCGAGCUUACUGUGAACAAAAUGACAAUCCCCGCCCGAGUCCACUUCUUCGACAUACUGUCAGCCCUACCAGGCCCAGCUAAAUCCUGGUCCCCCAACACCCUCAAAAUCCGCAUCGCGCUAAACUACAAACGUAUUCCCUACACGCAGACCUACAUCUCGCUCCCGGACAUCGAGCCCCUGCUAAAAUCCCUCGCCAUACCCGCACACGCACCGGGGACAGCUCCAAAGCCAUAUACACUUCCCGCGAUCGUACAUCCGUCCCUGAAGUCAGACUCCAAUCCUUCCGGCGCAUUGAACGAUUCAGUCCCGAUCGCGCUACAUCUCGAUGAAGUGUUCCCUGCACCAGAGUAUCCGGCCCUCUUUCCGAACGGUCAGGCGAGCUAUGCGCUGGCUGUCGCGGUAAAUGAGCUCAUGCGCAAUGUUGUCUUUGCAGGCUACGCCCUCCUCGUGGCCCGCAUCGCGGAUAUCCUCGAUGAACCGCGCGGGAAGGAGUACUUUAUCCAAACACGAAGCGAGUCGCUCGGGAAACCCCUUUCGGAGGUCCGGCCGACCGACCAGGGCGAAAUAACGAGGUUAGUAGAGGAGAUGAAGAAGAAAAUGGGGGUGAUUAUCCAGAUGUUGGAAGGCGGAGGGAAGAACAAGGCAGGCCCGUUUUUCGAGGGGGUUCAGCCUGGUUUGGCGGAUUUCAUCUUCCAGGCGUUUAUGCUUUGGGUCAAGGUUGCAGAUGAGGAGGUCUGGAGCGAGUUGGUUGCCGUGGGGAAUGGGGAGGUGAGGGCGCUGUGGGAUGCGGUUUAUCCGUGGGUUGAAGGGCAGGGUGAGGAGGUCGUGUGGAAUGUCCCGCAGUAG